UUUUUUUUGUUUUUUUUGCAUAAAAUUUUAAAGAUUCUUUUCUUGUUUAACUUUUACUUUGUUGUUUUUUACAAUUUAUAUAGAUAUUUUUAUUUAUAUUUUCAUAGAAUAUUUCUCUUGAGCUUUUUGGAGCGUUUGUUCAUUAAUCUCAUCAAAUUCAAUUAUUUAAAGAUGGAAGAUAACAACCAAGAAAGGCCUGAUUCAGAUCUUGACAACAAUGGAGAGCUUAAAGGAGGCACUAAGGUGGUGAAUAGAAGGAAACUAAAAAAGAAGGCAAAGGAAAUUGCUGAACAGAAGAAGCCUUCAACGUCAAAGUUUAAUGUUCAUCAAUCAAAACGUGGAGGUUUUCAAGGAUCUGCUGUGUCUAAAGAAAAUUUAAGAAAGACUGAAAACACAAUUUCUGACAAGAACAACCCGCCAAAACCGAUUGAAACAAUAUCAAAGGUUGUUGGGUCCACAGUAAAGAAAUCUACCAAUGAGAGCAGUUUUGUUCAAGGUUGUUCCUAUUCAUCAGUGGUUAUGUCUUUAAGCAAGUCUGAAAAGCCAGCUAAGAUCACAAGUGUAAGUCAGGAGCAACUUUCACCCUCAAAUUCUAAUGACAAUGAUUUGGAGGCAAAUAAAUCUGCAAGUUCUGGUCUUGGCGAGGAUGGAAUAAAUCAAUCGAAUGAACACUUGGAUAAUUUACAAGCUGGAGCAGAGGAAGGAAUUGAUAAUGUUGUCGAGGCUAGAUUUUUCUUUUUAAAAUUAAGAAAUACUUUUUGGAAUUGAA